AACGUUUAUGUUCUCUUUGCUAACUACGUUGUGUGAUAAUCUGCCAUGUUAUAGAUGUAAAUUGAGGCACAUUAUUUUGCUGACGUUACAUCUAAACAUAGCAGUUACUUAACCGGGUGUAGUGUAAAUUGUAUGUGAGGGUGGAACUGAGAGAAAUUAUGCAGGACUUAAUGGAAGUUUGUUAAUAAAAAUACGCAGCAACAGAUUACAGGCAUAAGCUGAAAAGCAUUUAUUUAUUGGUGUCUUUCCAUCCUGAAAAGUUACAGUCUUUUCUUCUCGCUACUGUUAUGUAUGAAUUAGAAAUUUUUGAUUAAUAUUUUUUGUAGUAAUUCUAUAUUUGUUUAUACCUAAGCAAUCAAGAAUAAAUAAUAGCAUCGUUUUAAUAAAAAUAGCAACAUUUUUGCAUUUUAUCAUGACUAGUUAAGGCUGCAGAACUCUGUACAAACUCAAACCUUUACAUUUUGAGUAAGUUUAUUUUUUUCCUAACAUAUAGAUUACAUUCUGUUUUCCAAUACAUAAAAAAACAUUUCACUGCAUUUAGAUUUUUCUGUGAUGGUUAAAAAUAAUGCUUUUAAUUAAAGCAUCCUCAAACUCACACAUAAAUGAAAGCCUUAAAUCCAUAAAUAAAAUAAAACUGAAACUAAAGCUGCUAUCAUGGCAGAUGAGCUGUCAGUGCAGAUUCCAACUUAAUAAUAUUAAAUGUUAUAAUAUCCAAAUUAGUGCACUUGAAAUAUAUUUAAUUCAUAACAAGGAAUAAACAAAUAAUCAUUACAUUGUGCUUCUUUUCAGUGAACCGAAGAGUCAUACGUUGGACAGCUUUGUUCAAAGGCUUCCAGGAUGUUCGGUUGUUCAAGCAGCUGAGUUCACAAACAGCAUUUUAAAUAUGAUCAUCACAGACAUGCGACCGCUGUCCGUGGUGGAAGAUGAAGGAUUCCAGAAGAUGAUCUCCACCUUCAAUCCAAAUUAUACCCCUCCUUCCAGAACCUACUUAGUAAAAAUGAUGGAGAAAAAGUAUGAAGAAAUCAAAGACAAAUUGAAAAACAUCCUAAAAGAGACAGACAGCAUUGCUCUCACAGCAGACAUUUGGACAAGUGUUGCCACAGAGGCAUAUCUUGGAGUGACAUGCCACUUUCUUGGAGAGGACUGGAAAAUGAAGUCCCACACCCUGACAACAAUGCCACUUGAAGAAAGACACACAGCAGCAAACAUUGCAGAGUGGCUUGAGGAGGUUAUUGCAAAGUUUGAUGUUCCACCUGAGAAAGUCAGAGCUGUCAUCCAUGAUAAUGGUGCCAAUAUUGUAGCAGCAGUGAAGAUUUUGGCAGAAAAGCAUAAGUGGGCAUCUGUGCGAUGUGCAGGGCACACCCUGAACUUGGUGGUACAGAAUGCUCUGAAGAGCAACCAGAGCAUCUCAAAGUGUGUGGCAGCUGCAAGAUGUCUUGUUGAACAUUUAAAAAAAAGUGAACUGGCUUGCACAAAGCUGAAGGAUAAGCAACAGCAAAUGGGCACAGCAUCACACAUGCUCAUACAAGAUGUAAGCACUCGUUGGAACAGUACUAUCCACAUGCUGUGUAGGCUGCUGGAGCAAAGAUGGCCGAUAACUGCUGCACUAUCUGACCCAGCAUUGACACCACGAGGAAAACACUACCUUGAUCUUAAGCCAGAGCAGUGGAAUAUUAUAGAGGAGAUAAGCAAGGCUCUUCAGCCAUUUGAAGAAGCAACGGUGUUUCUGAGUGGGCAAGACUACGUUACUCUUUCUGCACUUCCACAACUUGUGCAAAGCCUCAAGAAGUCCAUACAGACCCAAGUGUUUGAGACUGCACCAGCUCAGUCAUACCAAGCUGAAGUGAUGGCACAGAUCACAACAAGAUGGGAAGGACUAUUUAUGUGUCAGCCUCAAUCCUCAAAUACUGUUGUACUUACUGCUGCUUUAGAUCCCAGAUUUAAGAAACUUAAGUUCUUGCCCCCAGAUGAAGCCUUUAAGAUCCAAAGCAUGGUUCAAACAAUGGUCCUUGAUGUCAAAAAGAAAAUGAGACAGAAAAAUUCAGGUGAAAAUGAGGUCUCCACUGAUGCCCAAGACAAGCCUGUAGAGCAUCAACAGAACACCAACACAUUUUUCAGCAAUCUACUGGGUUCUUCAGAAUCCAGCACAAGUGAUGAGGAGGAUGAGGAACAGCAUUUGAACCAAGAUGUUCAAAAGGAAGUCUUGAUGUACUUUGGAGAGCAUACACUGUCCAAGAGGGAGAACCCACUUCUAUGGUGGAAAUCAAAUGCAGCACGGUACCCAAAACUUGCAAAGUUCUUUCUGUGUAUACCAGCAACAUCAACACCAUCAGAACGGCUUUUUUCCGCAGCAGGGAACAUCGCAUCGAAGCGCAGGGCAAGCCUCAGUUCACAACAUGUCGACAUGCUCACUUUCCUUCACAGCAACCAUAGUCUUCUUUAAGGCUUCUUUAACAGUUAAACACAUGCACACCAGUGUGUUGGAGCAUUUAAGAAAUGCAUAUUGAAUAACAUUCAGUAUAUGUUGGAUUUAAGAUAUUUUUUUAUUCCAUCUUUAAGAACAUCCAAGUUGAUUUUGUUGAGGUUCAAGUUGUUUUUGUAAAGCCAGUGUUUACUAUUUUGCCUUAGUAAUCUUUUCUAUUAAUUCUUUUUUUAUUUCUCCUCUGUUUUUGCAGUUAAGAAAGCAGGAAAUCUGUUCUACCUCAGAUUUGAAACUUAUAAUUUGAAUGUAUAAAAGGCAGUAUUCUCUGGUUUGCCUUAACUUUUCUAUUUAAAGCUAAUGAAUAUUUUUUUACUCUUUUGUGUUAGCACUGAAAAAAGCAAGGAAUUUGUUGCACCUUAGACUUAAAAUAUAUUGUAUAAAAUGCAGUAUUUACUAUUUUGUCUAAACUUGUUUUA